AGCAAAACCCCCCAAAUUCAAAAACGAUUCAAAUCGUCCGCCAAUGCCCCCAAAACGCAAAAGCCAACCCCCACAGAGAAGCAGCGAGAGAUUGAAGAUCAAAAUGAGCAACACCAAUGACAAGACUCCGAUCGAUUUAUCCACCCCAACUCCUCCGCCGGAGAAGAAGAACAAGCGGGCCGUCACUAACAAGAAGCCCCCUUCGUCCGGCCCAGAAGAACAAGACGACGAGUCUCCGAUCAGGCACCACCUCAUUGUGACCAAAGAGGAAGAUGUGAAGCGUUUUGAGGAGCUCGAUGACUGCUUCAUUCUGGGUUUCGACCAAGUUGAGUCGAUUGAGAUGAAGAAGUUGUCUGUGGCGGAUGAGGAUGCUGGGUCGCCGGAGAUCGCCGUUGUUGCCGAGAAAGGCCAGGUGGCUUGCAGAGAUUAUCCACAUCCGAGGCAUCUCUGCGUUAAAUUUCCGUUUGAGACAACAUCGCAUGAGACACAUUGUGAGCUGUGUUACUGCUAUGUGUGCGAUACAGCAGCUCCGUGCAAGUCAUGGUCAUCUUCUAGUAACAAUGCACUGCUAUCACAUUGUGAUGCUUAUGACAACAGUGGUGUUUGGAAGCGGGAAAGGACAUUGAGGAAACAGCUAUCAGCUGUGUUUAAGCAGUGAACAUACUCAUGCUUGAAGCUAUUUUGCAGAAGCGAUGUUGUUGCAAAUGGGAUAGGAGACAUUGUAAGAAAAGUGACCUGUUUUGCUAUUAAGGGGUGAAAUUCAAGUGCACAGUUUUGUUUAUAGGGAGAGUUACUGACAAGUGAGGGAAAUGAAUCAAACAUUAUCAGUUCAAAUUACUAUGAAGUUGAGAUCGGUUAAGAUUUUAUAGCAUAAAAUCUUCUUAGCAUUUACAAUACAUAUCUGAUCAGCUUUUCUGAAAAGUAAAUAUAAAAUUUUCACCGCAGUUUUCUAUUUUAGAUGUUCCUUUGAGCUACAAUCCUGUUGAUUGAAGUCAUCAUCAUCUUCAGUACACCGAGUGCCAACUCUUGAUUGCCUUGGGUUAUUGUUUUCU